CAUGCACAUCCGACACUCCAAUCUGUAUGUUCUGGCACUUUCGAAACGCAACACCAACGCUGCGGAGAUCAUCAUCUUCCUGCACCGACUAACGCAGGUUCUCGUCGAGUACUUCAAGGAACUUGAAGAGGAGAGCAUACGUGACAACUUUGUCAUCAUCUACGAGCUCAUGGACGAGAUGAUGGACUUCGGCUACCCGCAGACGACCGAGAGCAAGAUCCUGCAAGAGUACAUCACACAGGAGUCGCACAAGCUUGAGAUCCAGGCCAGGCCGCCCAUGGCGGUAACGAAUGCAGUGUCGUGGCGGACGGAGGGGAUCAGGUAUCGGAAGAACGAGGUGUUCUUGGACGUUAUCGAGAGUGUCAACAUGCUGGUAAAUGCCAAUGGAAAUGUCGUGCGAUCGGAGAUCCUGGGAGCUGUCAAGAUGAAGUGCUAUCUCUCAGGAAUGCCCGAGCUGCGUUUGGGGCUGAACGACAAGGUCAUGUUCGAGAGCACAGGACGCGCGCGAGGAAAGGCCAUCGAAAUGGAGGAUGUCAAGUUCCAUCAGUGUGUACGCCUAUCACGGUUUGAAAACGACCGCACGAUAUCGUUCAUCCCGCCCGAUGGCGAGUUCGAGCUGAUGUCCUAUCGACUGUCGACGCCCGUCAAGCCCCUCAUUUGGGUCGAAGCAGCGGUGGAGAGCCACAAGGGCAGUCGAGUGGAGUACAUGGUGAAGGUGAAGGCGCAGUUCAAGCGGAGGAGCACGGCGAACAAUGUCGAAAUCUACGUGCCUGUGCCGGACGACGCUGACAGUCCCAAAUUCCGGGCGUCAACGGGAAGCGUGCAGUAUGCCCCCGACAAGUCUGCCUUUGUGUGGAAGAUCAAGCAGCUUGGAGGCAGUAGGGAGUUCCUCAUGCGAGCGCACUUCGGUUUACCCAGCGUGAAGAGCGAACAAGACAUCGAGAAGCGAGCGCCAAUCACAGUGAAAUUCGAGAUUCCCUACUUCACUGUUUCGGGCAUCCAGGUGCGAUACCUGAAGAUCGUGGAGAAGAGCGGGUAUCAGGCGCUGCCCUGGGUGCGGUAUAUCACGCAGAACGGGGACGACUACAGUUUCCUCAACAACCCCAAGGAUAAGAACGCGCACAACUCGCCGUCCUCGAAGAAGGGCAUUGCGGCUGUAGUAUUAGAAGGAUCCAAGGUGCCAAUGCUGCCUUACGGGAAAGUAAAAGACCCAGGAGUCCCGGAGGACUACAAAUGCGAAGCCACCAUGCGACCCCGUGGGAUCAACCUGCCGAUCCCGAUGGUCAUAGCGAAUGGGUGUCCCAUCCCGAAACCUCGUCAUCCGAACAUUUGCGUGGUCAAGCCGGUGCGCGGCGCGGGCUUGGGUGUGCUCACAACAUGCGACGUCCAGGUCGGCGAGCUGAUCUUUUCCGAGUGGCCGUUGCUCGUUGCACCUUGUGGCCUGUCCCCGCCACUGGGAGAUAUUCCGGACCACUACUCCUCUCAACAGAUUCAGCAAAUCAUCAUGUUCGAGCGUGAGGGGCUCCUGCAGCACGCCGUCAGUCGCAUGUCGGAUGAACAGCGGGCAGCAUUUAUGUCACUCGCCAAUGCGCAUAUGGAAGAUGGGAGCGGCCCGAUCCUCGGGAUUAUAAGGACAAACGCCUUCAGCAUGGGCAAUGUGGGAGAUGGGCCCGACCCGCCUCCCGGCAGACGCUAUCCACCCGAGGCGAGUUACUCUGCUGUCUGCGAACUCGGGUCUCCCAUCAAUCACGGUUGCAUGCCGAACGUUGCUGUCACAUUCAAACGCUCCUCCUGUUCAAUGCAAUUCAGCGCAACCCGAGACAUCAAGGCGGGCGAGCAGCUCUUCUAUUCCUACUGCGAUAUGUUUAAGAGCGCUGCGGACCGACAAAAGCACCUCGCCCGAUACGGCUUCCAGUGCAAGUUCCCCGCUUGCUUGAACGCGACAUCUGCCACAGACAUUUA